GUUCCCGGUUCCCUUAUGGGUGUGGUGACGAGAUUGCUUGUGAAAACUGACUCUCAGCUCGUGAGGGCUGCGUGGCCCUUUAAAUGUGUUUAAAACGGAGUUACGAUUAAUUCUGCUGCAUUAAAAUUUAUUUCUGAUCUCAUCGUCAUGCGAGGAAUCUGAGAAGAGCCGAAUUUACCCGAAUCAGCCUGAUCAGGUCCAGCACGUCGUCGUCUCAGGUGCAGGUCAAACAGGAACAAUGAGUGAGUUGGAGCAGUUGCGUCAGGAAGCGGAUCAGCUUCGCAAUCAGAUCCGGGAUGCAAGAAAGGCCUGCAGUGACUCCACACUUUCGCAGAUGACAGCGAGUCUGGACUCAGUGGGACGGAUACAGAUGCGGACGAGACGCACACUCAGAGGCCACCUCGCUAAAAUAUAUGCCAUGCACUGGGGCAGCGACUCCAGGUUGCUUGUCAGUGCCUCCCAAGAUGGAAAGCUGAUCAUAUGGGAUGGAUAUACAACCAACAAGAUGCAUGCUAUUCCCCUGCGCUCCUCCUGGGUGAUGACCUGUGCCUACGCCCCGUCGGGGAACUAUGUGGCCUGCGGAGGCCUGGACAACAUCUGCUCUACCUACAGCCUUAAAACCCGUGAGGGAAACGUCAGGGUUAACCGGGAGCUGGCCGGACACACGGGUUAUCUGUCUUGCUGUCGUUUUCUUGAUGACAAUCAGAUCAUCACCAGCUCUGGUGACACCACAUGUGCAUUGUGGGACAUCGAGACAGGCCAGCAGACCACCAGUUUCACAGGGCACACAGGAGACGUGAUGAGUCUGUCGGUCAGUCCCGACUCAAAGACGUUCGUUUCGGGUGCCUGCGAUGCCUCCGCCAAACUGUGGGACAUCAGAGACGGGAUGUGCAGACAGUCCUUUACUGGACAUGUCUCCGAUAUCAAUGCCGUCUGCUUCUUCCCGAAUGGAAACGCCUUCACGACGGGCUCAGACGACGCCACCUGCAGGCUGUUCGACCUGCGUGCGGAUCAGGAGCUGAUGAUGUACACUCAUGAUAACAUCAUCUGCGGCAUCACCUCCGUGGCCUUCUCCAAGAGCGGACGCCUGCUGCUGGCCGGAUAUGACGACUUCAACUGCAACGUCUGGGACACUUUAAAAGGAGAACGGACGGGCGUCCUAGCCGGCCAUGACAACAGAGUGAGCUGUUUAGGAGUAACCGAUGACGGGAUGGCGGUGGCCACAGGAUCAUGGGACAGUUUCCUCCGGAUCUGGAAUUAAAGUCUCCAAAUUCCAGUUUCCUUUUGCGCCCAUUUUCUACGUAUUUCCGCAGCGGCUCCUCUGUAUUCCAGUUAUUAUUACACAUGAUUUUCAGUAUGUAGUUUAAUCCCGUGGAAAAGCCAAUCGCCACAGGAACCACAAAAAGAGAUUAUUAAAGUGUCAUUGUGUAAUAUGUAAAUAUACAUGUAUAUGAAUAUAGAUAUGGUAUAUAUGUACAGCGUUACGUGUAUGUAUAUACCAUAUAGUAUAUACAUACAUAGUGUUCAUGUAUAUAUUUUUCUAGUCGACCAUUGGCCCAUGACAAUUUUAUUAAUCCUUCAUGUUUUGUAUUUUACUUUCUGUUUCGUGUACAUAGAAAACGACGCUAAACUAGAUGGAACGUUGCGACGUCAGUCUGUAUUACAAAAUAUUUGUGAGGUUUUCAUGCGUUGGACAACAAAAGCGUAAAAGACGUGAUUUUAUGCAGAUGACCUCUGUAUUUGUUUUGUUUUGAUUAUUAUUUUUUGACAUGCCACUAAAUCAAUCAUCAUUUAUUGGUGCUUGAGGGUGUUUGGAAAGACCGCACUGAAUUUUCUCACAGCCUUGAGACGGAAUGUUUAAUUCCGCGCCUUAUUUUUAAGGCGUUUCUUAAUUUUGAUUUAUAAAGAAAUUUGUAAUCUGUCCGCCCUCUGCUUAGCCUUAAAUACUAGCGAUCACGAUAGAAAUAAUCCUAGUAUAUCAAUUCUGCUUCUCAGUGCUUUAAAAGGAAAUUUAAUUAAUUGAUAACACUCGCCUUACUUCUGUUCUUUUUAUUGUUGCUUUUAUGAUUAAAAAUGGCCACAAACCGUCCUAAAUUUGCUGGAAUUGCAGUGUUACUAAGAUUUAGUGCUGUUAAGCGAUUAUUCGCAUAAAAAGUUUGUUUACAUAGUUAUGGUGUGUGUCUGCAGUGUAUAUUUAACCAUGUAUUUUACAUAACAAAAAACUUAGACUAUACACACAAACUAAAUUAAUAUACAUUCAUUUUUUCGGCUUUGCCCCUUAAUCUGGGGUCGCCACAGCGGAAUGAACCGCCAACUUAUACAACAUAUGUUUUACACAGCGGAUGCCCUUCCAGCUGCAACCCAUCACUGGGAAACAUCCAUACAGUCCCAUUCACACACACACACACUAUGGACAGUUUAGCCCAGUCUAUUUCACUUAUAGUGCAUGUCUUUGGACUGUGGGGGAAACCAAUGCCAACACGGGGAGAACAUGCUAACUCCACACAGAAACGCCAACUGACCUAGCCUUGGCUCAAACCAGCGACCUUCUUGCUGUGAAGCGAACGUGCUACCCACUGCACCACCGUGCAGCCUAACUAAAUUAAUGUACAUUAUGUAACUACAAACUUUUAUUUUGUAUGCUAUUAAUCGCAUAUAAAAUAAAUUGUAUAUAAAAGUGUGUGUGUGUAUUCAGGAAAUUUUCACGGUAUGUCUGAUAAUAUUUUUUCUUCUGGAGAAAGUCUUAAAGCUGUACACUGGGAUGCUUUUCAUUUGCGUUUAUUGUCAGCAUUUUCGAGACGUUUUUCUGGAUUCAAACCCAAGCGAUUUUUCACUGGCGUCGAGCAGAAGAGUGCGACACAACUUUAAGCUUCUGAUACCCUCUUAUAACUUGUUAAAGUUACUAGCGAUUCGUACAAGCAUGGAUGGUUCAAGCAGCAGCUCUAGCUCUAGCGAUGAUGAAAUGACUAUUGUUCACCAGUGACAAACAAAUGUGCCAAUCUGAUUGGAGGAGGUUUUUACGUGGC